AUGGCGUCAAGGUUGCAGCUGAGCCGCAGUCGACUGCUGCGACCAUCGACCUUCACGCCUUCGAACCGACUUGCGCGGCCUCUCCCAUCAACCUCUCUCCUCCUCCCUCGUUCACGGUUACCCUCGUCCCUACCAAACAGUGCGACUGUCUCCAACUUUCCCGUCCGAAACUAUGCUAGCGGACGACCGCAUCCACCAGGUGGCACACACCGGAUGAACCUAGGCGGCGAACCCGAGAAAGCAGCUUUAGAACAGUACGGUGUUGACCUCACUGCUAAAGCGAAGGCGGGAAAAUUGGAUCCGGUUAUUGGAAGAGAUGCGGAAAUUCAUCGGACAAUCCAAGUUCUAUCGCGGCGUACAAAGAACAACCCUGUUCUGAUUGGAGCUGCCGGUACUGGUAAAACUGCCGUCUUGGAAGGAUUGGCUCAGAGAAUCGUGCAAGGAGAUGUUCCGGAAAGCAUCAAAGGCAAACGUGUCGUCGCUUUGGACCUUGGAUCGCUCAUUGCUGGCGCUAAGUUCAGGGGCGAUUUCGAGGAGCGACUGAAAUCUGUUCUCAAAGAAGUUGAGGAUGCUCAAGGCGGUGUCAUUCUCUUCAUCGACGAACUCCACACUUUGCUUGGGCUAGGGAAGGCGGAAGGUAGUAUCGAUGCUAGUAACCUACUGAAGCCAGCCCUGUCGCGGGGUGAGCUUCAAUGCUGCGGCGCAACCACGCUGAACGAAUACCGAAUCAUCGAAAAAGACGUUGCCCUGGCACGACGAUUCCAGCCCAUCCAAGUUGGCGAGCCUUCAGUUGCCGCUACCAUCUCGAUUUUACGCGGUAUCAAGGAGAAAUAUGAAGUACACCAUGGUGUGCGUAUUACCGACGGAGCAUUGGUUGCGGCAGCAACAUACAGCAAUCGCUAUAUCACCGACCGAUUCCUGCCCGAUAAAGCCAUCGACCUAGUGGAUGAAGCGGCAUCUGCUCUGCGGCUACAACAGGAAUCGAAGCCUGAUGUGAUCCGAGAAUUUGACCGGGAUAUCACCACUAUUCAGAUCGAACUCGAAUCUCUUCGCAAAGAAACCGAUAUCAGCAGCCGCGAGAGACGCGAAAAGCUCCAGCAAGACCUGAAAGCUAAGCAAGAGGAGGCCGGAAAAUUAACCGAGGUCUGGGAGAAGGAGAAGGCUGAAAUUGAGAAUCUCAAACGCACAAAAGAAGAACUAGAGCGCGCACGAUUCGAAUUACAGCAGGCACAGAGAGAAGGCGACUUUGCCAAGGCAGGAGAGCUGCGAUACUCUAGGAUCCCGGCGCUCGAGGAGAAACUACCGAAAGAAGGCGAAGAACAAGCCGACUCGCAAGCAAAUCUUAUCCAUGACUCUGUUACACCCGAUGACAUCGGUGCAGUUGUUUCUCGGACAACCGGUAUCCCAGUCAGCAAACUGAUGGCGGGAGAAGUUGAAAAGUUGAUACAUAUGGAAGAUACCCUCAGAAAAUCUGUGCGUGGACAAGAUGAGGCGCUCUCUGCCGUCGCAAACGCGGUCCGCAUGCAGAGAGCAGGACUCAGUGGAGAAAACCGGCCGCUUGCCUCUUUUAUGUUCCUUGGCCCUACCGGUGUUGGUAAGACUGAGCUUUGCAAGAAGAUGGCCGAAUUCCUCUUCUCUACCGAGACUGCCGUUGUACGAUUCGAUAUGGGCGAGUUUCAAGAGAAACACACUAUCAGCCGCUUAAUUGGUUCCCCUGCUGGAUAUGUUGGCUAUGACGAUGCUGGCCAACUCACUGAAGCCGUGAGGCGGAAGCCAUAUGCUGUUCUCUUGUUUGACGAGUUCGAGAAGGCUCACCGCGACAUUUCUGCCCUCCUUCUCCAGGUUCUGGAUGAGGGCUUCCUUACAGAUGCACAGGGUCAUAAAGUCGAUUUCCGCAACACCCUCAUCGUUCUUACGUCUAACCUUGGAGCUGAUAUUCUAAUUGGCGCUGACCCCAUCCAUUCUUUCAAGAUCCCAGAAGAUGGAGAUAUUACACCAGAGGUCAAGAAGGCUGUCAUGGAUGUUGUCCAGGAAGCAUACCCGCCCGAGUUCCUCAACCGUAUCGAUGAGUUUAUCACCUUCAAGAGGCUUUCACGGGAGGCAUUGAGGGAUAUCGUCGACAUCAGAAUCAAGGAGCUGCAGUCGAGACUUGAUGAUCGACGCAUGACUCUUCAAGUCGAUAACGAGAUCAAAGACUGGCUUUGCGAAAGAGGCUACGAUCCCAAGUUCGGUGCUCGGCCACUUAACCGCUUGAUAUCGAAAGAAAUCGGCAACCGCCUGGCAGACAAGAUUAUUCGUGGCGCGGUCACCUCUGGACAGGUGAUUCGCGUCUCUUUCAAUGCCAAUAAGGAUGGACUUGAAGUUGCAGCUGUUGGAGAAAGCGAACAUGCAUAA